AGCGAGGACGUUAAACCAAUAUGGCCGCGCAGUACCAACACCGCUAUGGCGACGUUCUCGUCAGUUUCCUAAUUGUUGCCUUUUUUAUAUAUUUUACACAAGUUCUUUUAAGAGCAGUGGGUGAAAAGUAGAUACAGUGUACGCUUAUUUAAGAUGUAACUGUAGAGAUGAGGCGUUAAUACUCGAUUGUUCGGCGUAGCAAGGAUAAUUGUGGUUGAAUUCAGAAAGGAUCGAAUCGGGAGAAGGCAGGUGUGUACCGACAGAGCCAUCCCAAGAGGGAAUGCGCCAAAACAUUCAAACAUUUACCGCAGACGAACGUCCACCGACGAUCCUUGUGAGGCCACAAUCGCAGCAGGUGAAGGCUGGCGGAAUAGCGAGUUUCUACUGCACGGCAGAGGGAGCACCACCGCCUCAGAUUCACUGGAGGAAGAACGGAAAGAGAGUUUCCCAGACGCAGUCACGGUACCUGGUGCAUAACUAUGAAAACGGAGCUUUACUACGGAUCGAACCUGUCAAGUCGAUUCGCGACAACACCCUGUACGAGUGUGUGGCCGAGAAUGGAGUCGGCGACGCCGUGUCGGCCGAGGCGCAGCUGAAAGUCUACGAAGCCGAGAAACUACCGAGCGGUUUCCCGCUGAUAUCUCAAGCACCGACGACGAAGGUGGUCGAAAUGGGUCACAACGCGGUGCUGAUUUGCACGGCCGUUGGCUCGCCGCCUCCCAUCAUAUCCUGGGUCAGGGACAUGCUGCCCAUCGACACGACCAAUGCCCGGUACACCGUGCUGGACACCGGAGCGUUGCAGAUCACCGGAUCCGACGUGCACGAUCAAGGAAAGUACGAGUGCGUGGCGAACAAUUCCGUAGGAACAGAGUACUCGAAAUCGGCUAUGCUAUACGUGAAAGUUCGUCGUGUCCCGCCGAGUUUCUCUAUACGCCCGCCCGCGUUGAACGAGGUGACGCUGGGAGCGUCUUUGAGCUUGAACUGCGUGGCCGUCGGUUCACCGAUGCCGUUCGUCAAAUGGAGAAAAGACCCGGCCACCGACCUGACGCCCGACGACAAACUGCCCGUCGGUAAAAACGUGCUGGUGCUGUCGGACAUUCAGGAAUCAGCCAACUACACGUGCACGGCCGCCAGCAACCUCGGAGUGAUAGAGGCCACGUCGGUGGUGAAAGUUCAAUCUCUGCCGAGUGCUCCGGAGAACGUUCAGGUGUCCGAUAUCACCGCCACUUCGGUGAAGCUCACGUGGUCUUACAAGGGUGCAGACGAGCUGCAGUAUUACGUGAUUCAACACAAACCGAAACACGUGGAACAAGCGUACGCCGAAAUAUCGGGCAUCACCACGAUGUACUACCACGUCCGGAGUCUCAGCCCGUACACGGAGUACGAGUUCUACGUGAUAGCCGUGAACGCCAUUGGGCGUGGUCCCCCGAGUGCCCCGGUGACCGUCACCACUGGCGAGACGACGGAAUCGACAAAUGGAGGUGCCAAACCUGGUACUGCACCACGGAAGGUCCAAGCCCGACCACUGAGUUCCAGCACGAUGGUUAUACAGUGGGACGAGCCAGAAACUCCCAACGGACAAGUGACGGGCUACAAAGUGUAUUACACGAUCGACCCCAGUCAACAAAUGGCAUCUUGGCAGUACCAGAUGGUGGAUAAUAGUCAACUGACGACUAUAUCGGACCUGACGCCGCACACGAUCUACACGAUUCGAGUGCAGGCGUUGACGAGCGUCGGUCCCGGUCCGUUGAGCUUGCCGGUGCAGAUAAAGACGCAACAAGGGGUACCGAGUCAACCGGAAAUGUUGACCGCCGUUGAUAUCGGUGAGACCAAAGUAACGCUCCAAUGGAGUAAACCCGCUCAUAGCGCGGAGAACAUCCUGAACUAUGAGCUAUACUGGAACGAUACGUACGCACAGGAGAAGCAUCAUCGCAAGAUACCCGUCACGGAGAACUACACGCUGACCAACCUCUACCCGAACACCCUCUACUACGUGUGGCUGGCCGCGAAGAAUCAACGGGGCGAAGGAGCAACGACCAUACCGUAUCCGGUUCGCACGAAACAGUACGUACCCGGGGCUCCGCCUCGCAAUGUAAGCGGACAAGCGAUCAGCCCGACCUCCAUAUUGGUAACGUGGGAACCUCCGCCUGCCGAUCGAUCGAACGGAAGGAUCGCGUACUACAAGCUGCAAGUCGUCGAGAGCGGACGCUCCGACUCGGAGGCGAAGAUUAUCAAACUGAAUGACACGCGUUUCGUAUUGGACGAACUGAAAAAAUGGACCGAGUAUCGAAUCUGGGUAUCGGCCGGGACCAGCGUAGGUGACGGACCUCCGAGUUAUCCUAUCUCGGUCAGAACUCACGAAGACGUUCCGGGAGAUCCUCAGGACGUGAAAGCAAGACCGAUCAAUUCGACCGCGAUACACGUCGAAUGGAAACCGCCGAAAUCGAAAGAACAGAACGGCGUGAUAAGAGGUUAUCACAUACACGUGCAAGAAGUGAGAGAAGAGGGAAAGGAUCUACUGAACGAGCCGAUACGACGCGACGUGCACGAUGACGGCGUGCUAGAAAUGAACAUCACCGGUUUGCAACCGGACACUCGAUACUCGGUGCAGGUAGCGGCACUCACGAGAAAAGGAGACGGCGAUCGUUCGACGCCGGUUCACGUUCGUACGCCCGGCGGUGUUCCGAACAGACCUCAGGUUAACGUAAAAGUUUUGUCCAGAGAGCCGGUCGAGCUGGAGCUCGAUUGGGAGCAACCUACGCAAACCUACGGCGACCUGUUGGGUUACAGAAUCAGGUACGGAAUCAAGAAUCAGACGCUGAAAGAGGAAUUCAUCGAAGGGACUCGGGUACACACCUAUAAAAUCACCGACUUGGAGGAGAGAGGCGUGGAUUACGAGUUUAGGGUCGCAGGACAGAACGCGAUCGGUUUCGGUCAGGAGACGGUGCGCUAUUGGUUCAGUCCCGAAGGAGAGCCGACCGGUCCUCCGACGAACCUGUCCUACACCUUCCAAACUCCCGACACCGUGUGCGUCACGUGGGACAAGCCUUUGCGGCAGCACAGAAACGGACAAAUAAUCGGUUACGACGUGCAGUUCAAUAAGAAGAACGAUCAUUCGACGACCAUCGACCGAAACACGACCAAGACCAGGGCGGUCUUCACGAAUUUGGAAGAGAAUACGGAGUACGUGUUCCACGUAAGGGCGCACACGUCGAGGGGCAGCGGUCCGUACUCGGAGAAAAUUACGAUAAUAACGGAGAAGGAUAUCGGUCGAGCACCGCUGUCCGUGAAAGCGGUGGCCACGUCGGAAACGAGCGUGGAGGUCUGGUGGGAACCGGUGCCUAAUCGCGGUAAGAUCCUCGGCUACCAAAUCUUCUACACCACCACGGCCGUCGAGGAUCUCGACGAAUGGAAGCAGAAGUCCGUCGGACUCACCGAGUCGGCGGAUCUGGUGAAUUUGGAAAAGUUUACUCAGUACGCGAUCACGGUGGCCGCCAGGUACAAGACCACCCUGGGCAGGCUCAGCGAAAAGGUGACGGUCAAAGUGAAACCGGAAGACGUGCCGUUGAAUCUCAGGGCACCCGACUCGUCCACCCAUUCGAUGACACUGUCUUGGACACCGCCUAUCAAGCUGAACCCCAUGAACUACAAAGUGUCGUUCGACGCCGUCAAGGAGUUCGUCGACUCGCAAGGUAUCACGCAAACGCAGAUCGUGCCUCGUAGACAGAUGCUGCUGGAUCCGUCCGUGACGACCGUCACCGUGAACGAGCUACAGCCCUUCACGACGUACAACGUGAACGUCAGCGCUGUGCCACGCGACGGUCAGUACAGGCCGCCUGCGAAAAUUACGGUCACCACGCAGAUGGCGGCGCCGAAACCGAUGGUCAAGCCAGAUUUUUACGGGGUGGUCAACGGCGAGGAGAUUCAGGUGAUUCUGCCGCAAGCUUCCGAGGAGUACGGCCCGAUCUCGCACUAUUACCUGAUUGUCGUGCCUGAAGACAAAUCCACGGCUGAUAAGCAACCGGACGAGCUGACGGAGGACAUGAUCGCGGACAAAGGAGCUAAACAGGAGAGGGACAACGCGCCUUACAUCGCUGCCAAAUUCCCGCACAGGGACAUCCCGUACACGUUUCAUCUGGGAAGCGGAGACAUCUACGAGGGUUACGAGAAUCGUAAACUGGAGAAAAAUAAGCGGUAUAGAAUAUUUGUUCGCGCCGUGGUCGACACGCCGAGAAAGCAUCUGUACACCUCUUCACCCUUCUCCGAGUACUUGUCGCUCGACAUGAGGGAAGUGCCACCUGGCGAACCACCCAGACGUCCUAAUCCCAACACCCCGGUCGAUGGAAAUCCAGAGGUGUCCGUUAAAACCAGCGGCCAAGAGCCGGGAAUGGUUUGGGUGGUUGGUCCGAUAAUAGCGGCGCUGAUGGUCAGCGUAUUUCUCGUACUCCUGUUUGUCAUUAAAAAGCGAAGACAACCGUGCAAAGCACCGGAUCAAGCAGCCGUAACCCGACCGUUGAUGGCAGCCGACAUUAGCUCGAAUCACGCGCCGUCCGAUCCCGUCGAGAUGCGUCGUUUGAAUUUCCAAACACCGGGCAUGGUAUCUCAUCCACCGAUUCCUAUUAGCGAGCUAGGAAAUCACAUCGAGCGUCUGAAAGCGAACGACAAUCUAAAAUUCAGUCAAGAGUACGAAUCGAUAGAACCCGGCCAACAGUUCACUUGGGACCACUCGAACAUGGAAGUGAACGCGUCGAAGAAUCGUUACGCGAACGUGAUCGCCUACGAUCAUUCCAGAGUGAUUUUGCAAACGAUCGACGGCAUAUCGGGCACAGACUACAUAAACGCGAACUACUGCGACGGUUAUAGGAAACAGAACGCGUACGUGGCCACUCAAGGACCGCUGCAAGAGACGUUCGGCGACUUCUGGCGAAUGUGUUGGGAGCUGAGAUCCAGCACGAUCGUGAUGAUGACGAAACUAGAGGAAAGGACGAGGAUCAAAUGCGAUCAGUAUUGGCCGAGCAGAGGAUCCGAGACGUACGGUUUGAUGACCGUGACGAUCACCGACGUUCAAGAAUUGGCAACCUACUGUAUCCGAACGUUCCAGAUAUCUCGAGCAGGUUAUUCGGAGAGACGCGAAAUCAAGCAGUUACAGUUCACGGCUUGGCCGGAUCACGGUGUACCCGAGCAUCCUGCCCCGUUCUUGCAGUUCCUACGUAGAGUCAGAUCGUUGAAUCCACCCGAGAGCGGGCCGUUGAUCGUGCACUGUAGCGCAGGUGUCGGUAGAACCGGCUGCUUCAUCGUCAUCGAUUCGAUGCUCGAGAGGAUCAAACACGAGAAAAUGAUCGACAUAUACGGCCACGUGACUUGUCUGCGCGCUCAAAGGAACUACAUGGUACAAACCGAGGAUCAAUACAUAUUCAUUCACGACGCCCUUUACGAGGCGGUGAUUUGCGGUAACACGGAAGUGCCUGCCAGAAAUUUACACUCCCACAUCCAGAAGCUGAUGCAGCCAGAGCUCGACAAUAUCACUGGCAUGGAACUGGAGUUUAAGAAACUAUCCAACAUCAAGGUGGACUCGUCGCGAUUCAUAUCGGCGAAUCUGCCUUGCAACAAGCACAAAAACCGACUGGUACACAUUCUGCCGUACGAGUGUACCAGAGUAUGCCUGCAACCUCAGCGAAACAUCGAAGGAUCCGACUACAUAAACGCUAGUCUGAUCGACGGUUAUCGGUAUCGCGGCGCUUACAUAGCCACUCAAGGUCCCCUGUGCGACACCACCGACGAUUUUUGGCGUAUGCUCUGGGAACACAACUCCACGAUCGUGGUCAUGCUGACGAAACUCAAGGAAAUGGGCAGGGAGAAGUGUCAUCAGUAUUGGCCGUCCGACAGGUCGAUUCGAUAUCAGUGUUUCGUAGUCGAUCCGAUCGCGGAGUACAACAUGCCCCAGUACAUCCUGCGAGAGUUUAAAGUGACGGACGCUCGGGACGGAGCGAGCCGCACGGUCAGACAGUUCCAGUUCAUCGACUGGCCGGAACAGGGUGUCCCGAAAUCCGGCGACGGGUUCAUCGAUUUUAUCGGACAAGUGCACAAAACGAAGGAACAAUUCGGUCAGGAUGGCCCGAUAACCGUACACUGUAGCGCGGGCGUUGGUAGGACGGGUGUCUUCAUCACGCUCAGCAUCGUGCUGGAACGUAUGCAGUACGAAGGAGUGGUCGACAUCUUCCAAACGGUUAGAAUAUUGCGAACGCAACGCCCAGCCAUGGUUCAAACCGAGGACCAGUAUCAGUUUUGCUAUCGUGCCAGUUUGGAAUACCUGGGUUCUUUCGAUCAUUACGCCAACUGACAACCCGACACUCACGAGGACAGAGACUCGACCAGGGACAGAAGAGAUCGACAGAGAAACGACAGAGACGUCGGGGAACGAGCAAAAGUACGACGCGUCUAGUACGACGCGGACAAAAAAUCGUGUAAGUUUGUAAGUAUGUAGUCUACGCCACGGGCAUAACGCGUACCACUCGUGGCCAUACCUUUCGAGGACGAAGGCGAUAGAGAGCCGAUUACAGCGUAGUUAAACCAAGUGUAUCGUUAGUCAAUGGUGUCGCGACAAUCGCGAGAUACGCGGAAGACUUCUGUAUCGAGAACCGCGUACAAUGUGCGCGUUCCACUCAAUUGUAUUCAAAAAUUACCCCGAACGAACGAACCGGGACAAGACUGCCGUUUAGAACCAUUUACGGCUCAGAAUCGUAGAAACAAUCAUAUCUCUGUAGGAAUAUUCUUUAUCGAAACUUCUUUUACGGUUUAAAGCAAAAACGAUUAAAAAAAAAACAUAGAAAAAACGAGAGAAGAAAAACGCAGAAUCUACGAACAAAAAAAAUUGAGGAACCGCAACUUGGACGUUUUCCAACCGACAAUGAAUUUGAUCGAAUAGGAUCGAACGGAGGCUGAUCUACCAUUCGACGAGUAGAUACCUCGAGUAAUUAGGUUCGAUCGUCGAAACAUAUCCAACUCGAUCGUUCGAAGACUCGCGAAAAUCGAUCUUGCUUAGAUAAUUUAAACGUAAGGGAACGACUGACAAGGAUCAUCGUUUCGAGCGUGCCUCGCGUUUUUUCUUGCGGCACAAAAAUGCGUGAAUAAAGUUCAAACACGUGUUCUCCUAUUCGUCGAAGAUAAGUGCUUCCAUGUUUGUGGGAAAGCUGUAACGUCCGAGAACGAGCAAAUAUGCGAAAUACGCUUCGUCAGAAACAUCAUCGAUCGAGUACGCGUUCGAAAAGUACUUAUGUACGUCGUCGUUGCGAGUAAGAAUAUCGAGGACAGAAGAGUUGCGAGAGUCUCGGUAAUAAACGUCGAGAAUGCAGCAGAAAGACGUAAAGGACAGUCGUAAAAACUGAUCAGUUUUCUGAACCGAACGGGGAAGAAAAAUUCCAUGGCAGCUCUUGAUCCGUAAGACAAACAGGUGUCUUAAAAUUGAUAGAAAAAGUCAACUACGUUUUUUCCACAUAUCAUUUUUCUUUAUCGAUGUUUGAUCCGUUGGGUCUCCAAACUGGUCACUUUCUGCCAUUGUCACUUUCGCUCGGUGA